AAGAUGAUUUGGACAGUGACGGAUGCAGUGGACUACAAGGGUUUCCCUGCUGACAGGUCAAAAACUGGUGGUUGGAUUCCUGCUGCCCUCCUUCUAGGGAUUGAGAUAUGUGCGAGGCUUUCAACAAUGGGAAUUGCAGUUAACCUUGUGAAAUACUUGGUUGGCACAAUGCAUUUGCCAAGUUCAACUUCAGCCAACGUUGUAACAGAUUUCAUGGGCACAUCUUUUCUCUUGUGUUUGCUUGGAGGCUUUCUUGCUGAUUCAUUCCUUGGCAGAUACAAGACAAUUGCCAUAUUUGCCAUUAUACAAGCAAUGGGGACUGGCACAUUGGCAAUAGCUACAAAACUGCCACAGCUACGCCCACCACCAUGCCAUGCAUCAGCUUCCCAUACAUGCCAACCAGCCAAUGUAUUUCAGAGGUGUAUUUUAUACAUGGCUCUAUAUCUAUUUGCACUUGGCACUGGUGGCCUAAAAUCAAGCUCAGGAUUUGGAACUAAUCAAUUUGACGAGAAAGAUACAAAGGAGAAAGCCCAAAUGUCCUAUUUUUUCAACAGGUUCUUCUUCAUCAUUAGUAUUGGAACCCUGAUGGCGGUCACAGUGCUUGUCUACCUCCAAGAUGAAGUUGGUCGAAGCUGGGCUUAUGGAAUUUGCUCUGUGUCCAUGUUUGUAGCCAUCUUGAUAUUUUUAUCAGGGACUAAAAGAUACAGAUACAAGAAAAGCUUGGGAAGUCCAAUAGUUCAGAUUUUCCAAGUUAUCGUAGCUGCAAUAAAUAAGAGGAAGAUGGAACUCCCUUACAAUGUUGAAUUAUUAUACGAGGAUUCUCCUGAGGCUAGAAGAAUUCGUCACACAGAUCAAUUCCAAUUCUUGGACAAGGCUGCUAUUGUUGCGGAAGGAGAAUUUGAAAGAAAUGUUGUUUCAGCUCCAAACCCCUGGAAACUUCGCCCAGUCACGAGGGUGGAGGAAGUGAAAAUGAUGGUGGGGCUUCUGCCAAUUUGGGCCAAAACCAUCAUAUUUUGGACCACUUAUGCACAGAUGAUCACCUUUUCAGUGGAGCAAGCCUCCACCAUGGAAAGAUCAAUUGGAGGUUUCCAGAUCCCUGCAGGUUCCCUCACCGUCUUCUUUGUGGCAGCUAUAUUGAUCACCCUGGCUGUAUAUGACCGUCUCAUUAUGCCAUUUUGGAAGAAAUGGAAAGGAAAACCAGGUUUUACCAACCUACAGAGAAUAGCCAUCGGCCUAGUCCUGUCAACUUUUGGAAUGGCAGCUGCAGCAGUAGUCGAGAAGAAAAGACUGGCAGAAGCUGGAGCUGCGGCUGCCACCACAGCAACCCUCCCCAUAAGCGUGUUCUUACUGAUUCCGCAAUUCUUCCUGGUGGGUGCUGGUGAGGCCUUCAUAUACACAGGCCAGCUUGAUUUCUUCAUCACUAAGUCUCCCAAAGGAAUGAAAACUAUGAGCACUGGUCUCUUCCUCACAACUCUAUCACUUGGUUUCUUCGUCAGCUGUUUCUUGGUAUCAGUAGCGAAAAGGGUGACAGGAAGUAAUAAUGGGCGAGGAUGGCUGGGUAAUAAUAUAAACCAUGGGAGACUUGACUGCUUCUAUGGACUUCUAGCUGUUCUAGGCAUCAUAAAUUUUGCAGUCUAUCUUGUUUGCGCGGUGUGGUACAAGCCACGGAAACCAAAGCCUGCUAUACAGAUGGAGACCAUUGUUAAUGGCUCCUCUGCUGAGGAUAAGUGCAAGGUUUCUUUAGGAUUUCACAUCAUAGGUGCUCUUCUAGCUUUUUUCGCCUUUGUGCAUUAAGAAUUGGUUUGGGUUUGGUUUCCUUUCUCUUUUGUCUUUCACAAUCAAUAUAGAAGCAAGAUUUCAGUCCGCAUGAAUGAUUUUUUUCUCCUUUCUUUUGCUCAUGUAAACCAACAAUCAACAUCCUUCACCCAUGGCUUCUCAAUAGUUUUUCUGUCACGUGCAAACUUUUCACGCCUUCUAAAAAUUUGUUUCAAUUGGAUCAAGGUGUAAUCGAUUCACU